GGAGCUUAGUGUGAGGAGCUGGAGCUUAGUGUGAGGAGCUGGAGCUGCUGAGAAGCUGAGCCAUUGAAAGCAGCACAGACCAAGUAUGGCUGUGAGUGGUGGGAGUAGCAGGAGCUGGGCACGGCCGGGGCUGGAGGCUGGAAACAUGCCUGCCUGGAAGCUGGAGGUGCUGGAGAGGAAGCGGGCAAAGAUGGGCAGUCUGCCCCCAGCCAGGGAAGGGUCCCCCAAGAGAGGCCGGCCCCAGGAGCGGGGCCCUACAGAGACUUUGGUGCUGCAGGACAGCCUAGGGCCCCUUCAUGAAAACCCUUUUAUCAAGUUGGAGAAAGAGCGGCGGCGCAGGUGGGGCUCCCAGCACUCCCCAGGCAGGAGCCAACAGCAAACCUCCCCUAUUCGGCACUUGCUGGACAUGUACAGCAACGUACCAGGCAUCAGGACCAUCAGGGCUGAGAACAUCAUCAUCAUCGAGUCUGACCCCGGCUACUUCGGCAGGACUUCCGCAGAGGAGAACACAGGGAGCAAACAUCACCGUGACCCAAUGGAGGAGCUGCUGGCCAAAAGGGGCAGCAAAGUGACAGAGAUUAGAGCGUCUGAGGUGGUCAUUUACGAGCCUGACCCUUCCAUGAAGGUCAAUGAGUCAGUUUCUCUAGGCCAGGAGGACAAUGCUGUGUUGGAAGAGGCUGGCAGGGUGAGCAGACUGCUGGAGAAGUUUGACCAUGGCCACAGUAAGCCUGUGCGAACCAGGAGCUGGGAAAAUCUGCUGGAUAGAGACUCUCAGCCCUCACACCGUAAGCCCACCAUGUUGCCAAAGCCUCUUAUCAUUGAGCGGCAAAGCCAAGCACCCGUGAACAAGGCAGCCAAGCGGUCUGGGGAGAUAUCGCCUUCAUCUUCCUCAUUUUUAGAUGAGGACAGUAAACGGUUUCCCUUAAACAAUCCUUCAUGGUUACCUUCCAAACCACCAACUGUCCACUCUAUCCCUGACCCUGGUUUGUUUCAUAAAAGACCUACCAGUCCCGUAUCUCCACCUGCAGUAGUUGCACCUGUUUCCACAACCCCUCUGGUGGUAGGUCCACUAUCGCCUCAUUACGAGACCUCCACAGAUGAGAAGAGUGUGUCAGCUGUGGUGGCAUCCUUUAUUGAAAAGUUUGAAGUGGGCUCCUCACAAAACAAUUUGCCUUUGUCCAAGUUUUUGACUGGGUCCCAGAAGACUGGUAGAAAUACAAUUGUCAUCAACCCAAAAGCCACAUCUUGGAAUUCUACCAGACCUGAAACUAGUGGAAGCCAGGCAAAAGAGAGCCUGCCUCUUACGAAUGGUCAUAUUGACCAGUCCAAUGUAAGUGCUAAGGCAGAUGGCUCUGUAAAAAUAGAAGACCUUCUUUCUAAAAGCAGAAGAAGCAGGGGCUACAAGGUAUCUGAGGGAAGUGGGCAAGUGCCAUCUACUGCAAGUGUUUCUUCUAGUGAGAUCUCCCUUGGGGCCAAAAGCUGGGGGCCAAAGUGUGAGGUAGACCAUGCUAGAACAAUCAUUCCCCCUGAAUCCAGUGCCACUGAAUCAGGUUUGUGUUCAUCGUACAACCACUGUGACCCAGCUUCCAGCAGUGCCACUCCAAACCAGCAAAAGCGAGUGUCUGCCUCAACUAGCACCAAUGACUCUUUCGAGAUCAGGCCAGCUCCAAAACCAGACCUGACGAACAUCGGAGAAAAUGACAUCCAGGCUAAGGCACUCGCAAACAUCCGAAUGCAGUCCAAAAACUCUUUUGUUUUUGUUCCAAAGAAGAGGCAGGCCCCUUCUGCACCAAAACAUGAUACAGCCAUGCAGUCUUCGAUCAACAGGCCAAAAGUAAAAAAUAGUGCUUCCAUAUAUAAUGGUUCCAAGCUGGAUUGCACCGAUGCUCCUUAUGAAAAUGGCAUCCUGUCAAAUGGAGGUGAAAGUUUUUCGGCCAGAGGGGACAUUUCUAAUCCAGUUGAAAGACUGGAGCAGACUGAGUCACAGAAGGCUUCUACAGUGCCCGCACUCUACGACUUUGAUUGGAAGAGUGGUCUUUUACCAGCUCACUCUGCCACUGAAGGACACUCAUUCACUGAUGUUGGCGCAGAGUUGGAGUACAUUAGUAGUGUUCAACAUGACAAAAGAAAUGAUGUCUUACCUGUCACUAACAUACACGAGGGUGUUAUUAAAUCUGAUAUUCCCAUCACAAAUAUUGAUGAUGUAGUCACUAAUGAUGUUGGAGAGCUAAGUCAAGAAAACAAAGCAGACGUGAAAGGAACAGAUUCAUCUGCGCCUUCUUAUCGCCCUCAUGCUUCACUGUCCUCUGUCCGCAAUAAAGUCGGGAAUACGUUCACGGUGGUCCCCAGAAGGAAGCCAAUAACCGAGCAGGAGGCCUUUAGAACACCUAUCAUUGAAGAAGAGGACGAUGAUGAAAGCCGGUCUAAAAGAAAGCCUUCUGAUGGGAAUGAUGCACCUUAUUCUGAACUUGGAGCUUUGCUCAAAAAGCGGUAUCCCACCGUGGAUGAGAUCCAGGUCAUUGGUGGAUACCUCUCACUGUCCAAAUCCUGUCUGUCCAAGAAUGGCUCGACUAGAAAGAAGCUGAAAAUCUCAUUCAAUGAGCAGAACAUACACACCAUGUUUGAAUAUCCCUCUGAAACGUCGUUGGCUGAGGAUGAUGAGAGUGCUGAAGAGUCUGGCUCAGAUUCUGAGGAUGACCAACCAUCCAGCCCCUUCCUACCACGCCCGACGUUUGUCAGCAGCGGGACGAGCACCAACACCCUCCGCACCAACACUACAAACUCAGGUCUCUCCAGCUACACACCCAAACACUCCGUAGAAUACAGCAAAUGGCAGGAGGAGCCCUCCAAGGGGGGAUCAGCAUCUGGGGACAGUACAGCACCCCAAGAAGAGAUGCUCACCCCGGCAGACAGUAACUCCCUCUCAGAUUUCCGUAGUGAGCCGGCUCUGUACUUCUAGAACUUUGUGUGAGAAUCCGUGUACAAAAUACUCCACGUUAGCACCUUUACCAUUGUCAUCACUGCCUCAGCCACAGGAUUUAAUCAUCACAAAUGAACCGGAUCCCAAGGCAAUAGCAGACAUUCACAUUGACGAUGCUGCAAAGGAUUCUGGGAAAUCCCUUUUCCUGCAUUGUGUGGCUUGAAGACUAACUUUAUAAUACUCCUGGAGGGAGAAUCGGGAGCUCCUGCUUAAUGCAGUUUACCAUCCCUCUCCAAAGAAUAUCGGGCUGCCUGAUAAACGUGUAUUUCAGAAAUGGACCAUCCUGCAAAUGGCAGCUUAUUGGGCUGUCUUUAAUGAUUUAAUCGGUGACGCUCCGCUAAUUAUAUUAAUUGGCGAGAUGCGUUUGAGGAUUUGUGGCGUAUGUGGUUUGGCUGAGUCCUACCUAGCACUUUGUGUGAGCGAGGGAUGGCUCUUUCUAGUGGUUUACAGAAUGAUUGAAACCUGGCGUGUUGAAUCUCAGCAUCUGCCUCGAAUUAGAAGCAUGAACAGUGCUACAGAGAUACCUAUGGUAUACAGGCUAAUAUAUAAUCUAUAGUGGAAUUAUUUUAUAGAAAGUUUAAAAUUGAAACUAUGAAAAAUCACUUUAGUGACAUUGCACAAUUAUAGUCCAGCAGUUUAUAAUUAGAGAUGUAUAGAUAUUUUUUU